UGUAUUCGAGCUUGGUAUUCAAUUCCUUCAGAAACUAUUACAAACUGUUUUCAUCAUACUGGCUUGUUUGAUUAUGAAAUAACUACCUCUACUCAUGAAGUUCACCCAAAUGAUGAAGAUUUAUCUGUUCUCACAGAGUUAGAAGAAUCACUUAAAAUGUUGUCCCCUCAUCAUUCUAUGAGCCUUACUCAUUAUACAAACCUACCAAAAGAGAUAGAUUUGAUACAUCAAGAAUUUACAGAUACUGACUUAUUAGCAUCAACAACCUCAGAAACUGAUGAUGAUGCUAAUAGUAUAAAUGACAAUAAUUUUUCUUUUACUAUACUUUCAAACUCUGUUAAACUUGAUGCUAUACAUACUCUUCAAGUUUUCUCCUCAAAGGUUCAAGUAAUAUUAGAUAGCUUUAUACAAGUAGGAUAUCAA